UCACCUUGUCUUGUCGACAGUUCGAAAAGAAAUAAAAAAAGGGAAUCGCCUUCUUGACGUUUGCCAAUCGCCAACCACCGUCUUGCUGAAAAUUUUGCUAAAAGCGAGCGAGUGAAUCCUCGUCUUUCCGGCCCUUUGUUGACCGGCGAUGUCGGGCGGCGACAAGCAGACGACGGCGUGCGUGACCGGCGGGAACGGGUACAUCGCCUCCGCCCUCAUCAAGACGCUGCUGCACAAGGGCUACGCCGUGAAGACGACGGUCAGGAACCGCGAUGACAUGGCCAAGAACUCGCACCUCGAGGACUUGCAGGCAAUCGGCCCCCUGCAGGUCCUCCGCGCCGACCUGGAUGAAGACGGCAGCUUUGACGAAGCCGUCGCCGGCUGCGACUACGCCUUCCUCGUCGCUGCUCCGAUGAACCUCAAAUCGGAGAAUCCUGAGAAAGAGCUGAUCGAGGCCGCCGUCCGUGGAACCCUGAACGUCUUGAGGUCGUGCGUGAAAGCGGGCACCGUGAAGCGCGUGGUCCUGACCUCGUCGGCGGCCGCCGUCUCCACCAGGCCGCAGCUGCAAGGCGACGGCCACGAGCUGGACGAGGAGUCCUGGUCCGACGUCGACUACCUCACUGCCAACAAGUCAUCUGCGCCGCCGCAGGCGUACCCGGUCUCCAAGGUGCUCGUGGAGAAGGAGGCGUCCAGGUUCGCGCAGGAGCACGGCAUGAGCCUGGUCACCGUCUGUCCCCCCGUCGUCGUCGGCGCGUCACCGGCCAGAAGGAACCACACCAGCGUUCCCGCCAACCUCUCUUUGCUAUCCGGUGACCAGGCAGCGUUCGCGGUGCUGAAAGCCAUCGAGAGGGACACCGGCUGUAUGCCGCUGGUACACGUGGACGACCUCUGCCGCGCCGAGGUGUUCGUCGCUGAGGCGGCGGCGGCGGCCGCGGGGAGGUACAUCUGCUGCAGCCUCAACACGACCAUCGUCGACAUCGCCCGUUUCCUGGCACACAAGUAUCCACAGUACAAUGUGAACACAAAAAAUCUCUCCGUCGAGGUGCUUGAGAAACCCAGAGUGUGCCUCUCGUCAGCAAAGCUCAUCAGGGAAGGGUUUCAGUACAAGUACAGGACCCUGGAUGAGAUAUACGUCGACUUCGUGGAGUACGGGAAGGCUCUGGGCAUUCUGCCCAACUGAUGUGUGAUGCUCCUCCUCUGCUUUUCGGUCGGUGGUAAUCAGGAUUCAGAACACCAAAACCAUGUGGCUGCAGAAUAAAUCUCGGUUCGUUCAGUUUGUAUAAAACUAGAGAUGUGGCCAGUGUCAAGAAAUAAUUGUCGCAACAAAAGACUUGUACAGAUUGAAACAGCAAGACCUAAAUUCCGCCAUUUCAACCCUCUCACUCGCAGACUGUU